ACACAGCCUCCAACAUCAGAGAGAGUUUUUAAGUUGAGACCAAGUCUAACACAGACACCCUUACCCCUUCCCCACCCCCCAAAACACACACCCUUCUCCAACGGCAACAGCAUGAAAAAUAAGAACAGCCAAGGAACACAGGAAUGUCCCUCCAGAUGUCCAGAUAACAGCGCAUUUAAACAACAGAAACUGCCAGCCUGGAAGCCCAAGCUCACAGCUCCGACUGUCCUCUCCAGCUUCUUUACCAUUGGACUCUUCUGCCUCCUCAUGGGAAUCUGUCUAAUAUUGUAUGCAAGAAGUGUCAAAGAAAUCCAGAUUAACUACUCAGACAUAUGUUUGAAUUGUUCAAAACUGCGUGAAAACUCCUCGAACUGGGAUAAAGAAUGCAACUGUAUUGUGCACUUCACACUGCAGGAGAAUAUGCUGGGUGAUGUUUUUAUGUACUAUCGUCUGCAAAACUUUUUUCAGAACCACCGUCGGUAUGUCCUCUCCAGAAGUGAUGCACAAUUGCUGGGUCAAGAUGUAAACAUUCAGAACAGCAAUUGUGAGCCUUUCACAACCUAUCCAAACGGAACUCCAAUGGCUCCAUGCGGCGCCAUCGCCAACAGUAUGUUCAAUGAUUCUAUUCAACUUUUUUACUAUUUUAACUCAUCCACUGCUAUCGAAGUCCCAUUGCUGAAGAGUGGAAAUAGUUGGUGGUCAGAUAAAAAUGUGAAAUUUCGGAAUCCAACAUCAUAUAAUCUCUCUUCUGCAUUUGCGGGAACAACAAGGCCUCCUUACUGGCAGAAACCAGCUUAUUUACUGGAUGAGGAGGAUGAAAGGAACAAUGGUUAUAUAAACGAUGACUUUAUCAUCUGGAUGCGGGUGUCAGCCUUUCCCACAUUCAGAAACCUUUACCGUCGUCUCAGCCACACCAACCAGUUUGCUGAUGGUCUCCCAGCAGGGAAUUACACCUUCCACAUUACCUACAAUUUCCCUGUUACCAAAUUCAAAGGGAAAAAGCAGGUGGUUCUCUCAACCAUCACAUGGAGUGGAGGGAGUAACCUCUUCCUGGGAAUUGCCUACACGGUUUCUGGUGCGGUGAUAGUGUUGGCAGGUUUUAUCAUAACUGCAAUUCACUUAAAACUCAGAAAAAAGAAAACGUACUUUCAGAGAUAACCCAAAUUACAUAGCUUUCUGAAUAACAUACAGGUGCACCUUUGAGCAAGGGAUGUGGGGAGCAUGGACCUUUCACACUGUCCUCCUAGCGGUGGAGACAUUUCAGUCAUGGUAUGGAUUUGGUAAACACAAAAGUGUUACGAGCAGGGUGAUGUGUUUUCAUAACCCGAAACAUAUACAAUCUGAUCAGCUUGGCUUGGUUUAUGGUCUUAUUAGCAUAUGAAUUACAUAGAAGUAAAUUUUCCCUUAGUGACUAUCCAUCAAGGUCUGAGAUGAGCAUCAGUAAGAGAAAUCUUAGUAAUUUUAGAACUACAAACUAGAUGGUAUUGGGCCAAACCUCAAGGUCCUUACUCAGUUUUUACUAAGUCCUUACUCAGGCAGAACUCCUAUUGACUUCACUGGGAGCUUUCCAUGAGUAACAACUGAUGCCCUGAUCCAACAAAGCACUUAGGCAUUGGGUAUUCUCACUGAAAUCAGUGGGACUAUUCGUGUGCUUGAAGUUACAUGCAAGCUUAAGGGUCAAAUUUUAAAGGUAUUUAGGGGCUUAACUCACAUUGAUUUCAGUGGGAGUUAGGUGCCUUUAAAAAUUUGGUCCUAAGAGCUUUGCUGCAUCAGUGCCUGAGUGAGGACCUUGAGAUUUGUUCCUCUGGGAGCAUACCCUGGAUGUUAGGGGUGGGAGAGUCUCUCACUUAAGUGAAUGGGGUUGGGUAGAGUUCAAUCCUCAUUGAAUGCAUUUAAACCUUCUUUGCUGCUGUUUAGCUGAAGACCGUUUUCUGCAAGGCUGGAGUAAGAGGACAGCAGUGUGGUGAUUUACAUUUUACAGGUUAACCUUGUGAUAGAAAAGCUAAAGUUUAGACUCUGAAGAAAAGAAGAAAUAGGACUAAAAUGUAAACAUGACCAUUUACAUGUCAGCAUUAACUAUUUCACUGCUGAUCACUUCAGCAGAAACAUUUAGCUAACAUGAUUAGGCCACAAUCCCAAAUUGUCUCCUACUCUACCCCUGUGCCAAAAGCUCCAGCUGUCGCUCCUACACCGUCGCCAAGACCUCCAACUUCUUACCAGACAACUUCUAAGGCAUUGUCAAUAGAAAAUGAGACAAUUUGAAAAUACGGGGCAGGAUAAACUUAAUUUAAUGUAAUCUAUAAAUAAAUACUGAGACUGCUUAAUUGUAUCAUUUGCAUGGUUAGUUAACUUAUAAACCUCAGUUUUUAAAAAUGUAAAUAGAAUUUCCAGUCUGUCGCAGAAUCUAGGGAACUUUGCUGCAGAAUUUAGAUCAA